GCGCGCCAAUAUUGCUUUCGAAAAUAUGACCGACUACAAUAAUUUUGAGACAAAUAUACUCACUUCAAUCAUGAAAUAUUUCUGUAGGUAAAUUCCAUGGAGCAGUGCUAGAGUAAAAUUUGGGUUUCGAUUCACCAAUGGACAGCCGUGUAGAAGUUUCCUAGAUGGUUAAUCAAGUUGUUUUGGCUGUUGGUUUGGGUUUAGUCGCCGGAUUGGUUGUGGUCGUUGUUUAUUUGCUGAUACAGUAUUUUCAUCAACGCUCUUCAACAAAUAAUUAUAAAUACACCCAGCUGACAUCUGAUCCUACACUUCGCUCGCGGACAAUAAUCAACCAGGACAUUCCACCAUUCUAUAUUCCCCAGGCCGUCUCUGUUCCACAACAACAACCGGCGAUCGGAGAACUUCAACGAACUUGUAGUAUUUCUAAAGAGGAGUAUCGGCAUGGCCAUGCUCAUCUGUCAGCGACAGUUCACAGUGUCAACGUGCGGCGCAAAGCGGAAGAUGGAGGAGGCAUACAGCUAGAUGCAAUCAACACUGGAACAAUCUCGCCUCCGUCCAUAACACCCAAAUUGCCAAGAACCCCGAGGACACCGCGAAAAAUUUCGCACCCACAAAAGCAAUCCUCGAAAGAAAAUCUCUCUAUUCCGCAGCAAAGGAAAGUUGCGGUUCACAAGAAAAACCCAGAGAUAAACUUGGGAAAACUUGAGUUUUCCCUAUAUUACGAUCAGUCUUUUCGUUUGCUGCAAAUUUACGCAACCCGUGGGAUUAAGAUAGUGAUUCUGGGAAGCGUACAUCCACCUGAUAUACAUGUCGCUGCAUCGAUAGUUUUAAAUGGCAAACAAAUUUGGGAACAGAAAACUCGUGUGGUUAAGAAAACGAACGAUCCGCAGUUUAAUGAAAAAUUGGAGGCGUACGGAAUAACUCAAGGAAAACUUUCAGAGGGUAUGUUACGCUUUCAGCUGUUGAAUACUCAAACGAACACAAUUAUCGGAGAAGUGGAGUACAUUUUAAAAGAUCUUCCGCCGAACAAGUUAACAACGAAAACUCUUCCCCUGAUUCCAGUUGAAAUAGAUGAAACAGAAUGCCCCAUCGAGGAAGAAGUUGAAGAUUUAUCCUCUGAGCUUGGCGAGCUAUCGAUUUCUUUGUGUCACAACCCGACGGAUCAAAAACUAAUGGUGAAGGUAAACUGUGCCAGGGGCUUACGACAGAUUACAAAGGACGGGAGACUAAAUCCAUUUGUAAAACUUGAUCUCACCUUCUGUGGACGGAAGCUUAGCACUCGGACGACAAAAACUGCUCAUAACACCAAAACACCAAACUUCAGCGAAAUGUAUGUGUUCGAUGUGGACUCAGACAAACUGCCUCAGAUCACGCUGUUCUUCAAGGUUAAGCAUCGUGGUAGAGUGCGUGACGUCCCCUUGGGCACGGUGCAUCUUGGGUAUUGCGUGAAUGUCGAGAGCGAAUACAAACACUGGGAACAAGCCAUGGAAAAGCCUCACCUUGAAAUAGAGCAAUGGCACACUCUCCAAGAGUAUUUUAUUGAAUGAUUGAAUUUCUUCGUCCCUCGACAGUGAGAUGAAUUACACUGAAACUUGUAAAAUAGACCUAAUUGAAUUUAUUUGGGUGAAAUAUGCAUGGCCUGUGGGAGAGCUGGGUAGAAUUUAGAUACCACAGGGAAAAUUUUUUAAUAAUGAAAUAAUCAGGUGGCAAAGCUUACAAAAUGCCAUAUGCCUUGUUUAUAUUUUGCUCUGAAAGAGAAAAUUUCGUAUCAUAAUCAUAAUUUUAGGUUCUCAGAGCACACGCGCACGAACGAACAUGAAGCGUGCGUGUCAUCAAUUUUCUUCCAGCCUGAACGGAAAAGUCGCUUGUAACGUGAAUGAAAAGGACUAUCUGGUUCCUUUGAGCCCUUUGGGAAGAGGUUAAAUCAGCGUAACCCUUUUAAAUUAUACAGAGUGUAUUUGCAAGGAGGAGAAUGCUAAUAUGUGAUUUAAUCUCUUUUUGGAAAAUCAUCCGUGAAAAGAGAUCUAUUUUGGUAUGUGUGGGAGUUACUCGGUUGAGUGAAGUAUUUUAUGCAAAACGAUUGACCUAUUUUUACUUUGUUCAUUAAAAAAAAAAAACAGAAAGAAGGAAAAAAAACUUCGUAGAUAUGACGCGAUCCUUUCGCUCCUUGCCGUUAAAAGAGGCUCAUAAUAUAGUGGCGAGUUUUUUUUUAUCUAAUUUACAGUCAUUAGUACAAACGAUGACAAUUCGUAACACACUGUUAUGACCAAUAAAGUUUAUCAGCACUGUGAUAAACUGCGUCCCCCUUUUGGUUCAAAGAGUAAAUCCAUCUGGCGACGGGAUUACAUUUUCAUUUAUUUACAGUAACAGGAAAGUGCAUUGGGAAUCCUUCUGUGACGCAUGAGAUGAACGAUUUGUAACAAACAUUUCCAUGAAAUAUUAAUUGACCUUUCUCAUGUAACAGACCAUUUAAAUACAGAUGAAAUUUCUACCCUUACUUUCUGGCGUAAAUUACCAAAAUCUUGCAAAAGCUAUUGAGAGAUAUAUUACUAAAACAAUAAAUAAAAACCACUUGUCCUCGUUUUUUAGAAAUGACAUCUUAAACUUGGACUGUACGUCUAUAUGAGUGGUAAACUGCAACAUCACAACACCGCUUUUUUCUCGCUUUCACGCUGCCUCCUAAUCAAUGUGCUGCACGUUUAUUUAUAAGCUUUUUUUUACGGUUACUAACACUGUCCCUUGAUCCAUCUCGCUUAGCUACUUAGAAAAAGAAAGUCCACUCAGAUAUUCUGGUGAUAAACUGAUGUUAUGGUGUUGUCUUUCCCCGCAGUCUCUUCGCCUUCAGGUCCUUGAUAGAACUUCUCUUUUCCAAGGAUUCGCAAGCCAAUGGGACGCAAGACUUGUUUAAGGUACCCAUGAACAUUCAAGCCUCUUGCUCCUAGCGUUUGAGGGGCCAUGUUGUAAAAGCUCUUCAGUGGGGACAUGAGAGAAUCAGCCAAAUCAUGAUCCACAAUGUCAGCGUAACACGAUACCCAAACACCGUCCACGAUCAUGGUCCCUUCUUGGGUAACUGGUGCAAAGGCACCAAAUCUUUCAGCCGUCGAGACUGACAUAACCUUCCUUGCAAUAGGAGCAUGGUACGUUGGAACGUGAACGAGGAUGUAGUCACCAGGCUUGAUUUGGGAUGCAUGCACUGAGCGAAAGGUAUUCCCUCCCAACUUCGCACUCAGAGGUCGGAACUCGAACACAAGAUGAGCCUCACUGAGUGUGAGCUUGAUGUAGUCUUCAGUAGUGAUGGUGUAAUAAUGACCUGUGUAGGGAAGAAAAUUUGAGCUGUAUCUGUAUCUUAAAAGUUUUGUCCUUGAGAGUCUUUUCAAAUACAAGUCUCCCAGGACUUUUAUUAGUACCAAAUUAGUAUGAGAAUUUGGAAGCCAAUCAGAUUACAAGGAUAACCAGUGAUUUCCAAGUAAAUGUAAUAACGGCAAACACCUUGUCAAGGAGAACUUAAAAAUAAAUAAAAAGUU